CGGUAGUCAUCGAUUGUUAUACAAGCACGGUCACAGAGCUCAACAUGACCAAAAAUUUGAUUCCGCGUGAUGCAGAAUCACCAAGGUGGGUGAGUUUCACGCCGGUUCCACAAUCUUGUUCCUCGAUCUUUCUUUCUUUCAAUCCGAAAACCCCCAAAGCACCUCGAACAUUAGCAUCACCAACACAAAAUUCAUUUGUGACACAGAAUUUCCUUAACAGUUCAAAUUCGUUGAGUAGGUCAUCGUCAUCGUACAGCGGGAUUGAAAAAAGGAAUUCACGGAGCACCAGCUUACCUGUACCGCCAACGGAAAGUCAGUUUUCUCUUAAAAAUACGUCCACGAGUAAUUCAUCAAAUGAAAGUGGUUCGGAUUCGGAUGAUGAUUCACAACAGAUUCUAGGAGUCGCAGAAAAUUUAUUCAUCUGCACGAUUUCCAACGUUUCACAUAUUGUCAACAUACGUGCCGAACCUUAUGCCUAUUCUCGUCCUAUACGUUGGGCAUCGGAACCUAAUCGAAUUUCACUAUUACCAACUAUCGACGAUAUAUUCGUCGUAGCAUUUGAAAAUCAAUUGGUCGAGGUGGGUUCAACGAAGACGGGUAAAAUUGUUAAGACGGCAGCAAGUGGCGCUCCUGUUAAAUAUUUGGGAGAAUCAUGGAGAAAGCCUGUUCCCCAAAAGGUACCGAAGAAAUAUAAAUUUGAUGAGGGAAUAAAGAGAUAUACAUUUUGGUCAUGUGAAAUGGGAGAUGAAAUCUAUAUCUAUCGUGGGGAUGUGUUUGGAAUAAAUUAG